AAGCUCAUAACAAUACAAAUUCUGGAAGUUGACUUCUCUAGUCAUUUAUUCUAUCAUAAAUAUCAAACUUCUUUACUAUCUUUAGUACCUUUCAUUCACAUGUAUCACAAAUUAUCAACUUUCAUUAUGAUGUUGAUCUUGCAUUCAUGUUUUAAUUUAUCUACUGUUAUAACUAAGUUGAUUAAUUUUUUACUGAUUCACCAGAUGCUGUGUUUAUUAAAAGUUGCUUCUUAAGUUAGGUCAUUACUUUAAGACCAAGAACUAAUGGCAGAUUACCGGAUUCCGAAAAAAUUAGUAUCUGAUUGGGAACCUAGCAAUUUAAUUAAUCAUCCAAUUCAGGCCGAUUCGGUUUGCAAGCACCGAAAACUAAAUUCUGAUAAGCUACCAGAUAUGAAAUGGUGGCUACAUGUGAAGAGUGAUAUGGAGUGUGAAGCAAAUUAUUCCUGCAAGACUAAAGAGUUUGGUGCGUUCUAUGAGGAAUUUCUCGAUGGAAAUGUUAAGAAUGGGGAAGAUCAGUCGAUCAUUGACUUUGAUGCUCUUUCUUAUAUUGGAAGUGAUAAUUUAUCGGUAGAUCAGCCGUGGAAUGUAUCUUCUACAUGUAUGAAAAACAAUGAUAGCAGGAUGCGGAAAAUUGAGGCUUCGUUGAAUAAAGAUUUACGUUGUAGUCCCAAGAAGAAAGAUCAGAAGGAGUUUGGGUUUUCGGAUGGUCAUUUUAUGGAUUGCGAUGUUUCUGACUUCUCAGUCUCUGAGAAAACGACAACAUGUUUGAUGGGAAACGAGAAACCUGGGCCUUGGUGGCGCAAUGCUGGAAAAGAUGAAUUGGCUUCUUUGGUUGCUCAGAAGUCACUUGAGCAUGUGGAGAAUUGUGAUCUCCCUCAUCCUCAGCCUAAGCAUUUUGGGCCGAGAUUUUCAAAGGGUGUUGAUCAUGAUAAGAUAAAAUCAUCGUCAAUAAACCAGAAAGCCGAGACUUGUUCUUCCAAUGCAGAUGGUUAUACAUCUGGAACACCUAAUUCUGGUUGCUCUUUUCAGGAUUCAGACAGUCACUUCAGUUCUGGCCAGAUCAAAGAUACCGGUUCAAGCAACAAAGAUUUUCAAAUAAAUUCUGAGAACAGCAGCAUUACCGAGCUGUUAGAAGCAUUGUGUCAUUCUCAAACAAGAGCAAGAGAGGCUGAGAAAGCAGCGCAACAAGCCUACAACGAGAAGGAGCAUAUUGUGAGUCUUUUCUUCAAACAGGCUUCUCAGCUCUUUGCAUACAAGCAGUGGUUCUACAUGCUGCAGCUUGAGAACCUCUGCCUUCAACUCAAAGACAAAAACCAGCCAUUGCUAAAUCUCUUUCCACAAAGGGGAAAGCACUUUAAGAAAAAUCGUUGCAGAUCUGAAAAGAAAAAGAUUAGUAACAGAAAACAUGGAAUUAGAAAAUGCGUUGUCGCGUUUGCGGUGGGUUUAAGUCUUGUUAGUGCAGGUUUGCUUCUUGGUUGGACCAUGGGAUGGAUGUUUCCUUCAAAAUGACAUCUUGAUUGAGACACUGACUAAGGUUGUUUGAGUUAUUCUGUUGUGAUGAUAUGAUUCAAAAUAGUAUGUAUAUGUUAUGUGAUGCUGUCCAUUGUUUCCAUUUCCAUCAUUUGUAAAUAUUUCUCGUUGGUUGAGACCUGUUACAUGUAUAUAUUUAAAGAUGACAUUUGUGUACAAAGAAUGUGUCAUGCUUUUGAAAAUUUUCCAGUA